UAAACUGUUCACUAAUAUUAAGACUAAAGUGGUCCGUGCGUCUCACGGCCAUCAGUUUAGCAGUAUCAUCAUCAUCAACUACCAACCUCCUCCCUCCCUCCCUCCCAUCAAAAUAACCAUCUUUUCAACAAACACACAACUCGAACAGUCAUCAACACCAUCACAACCACAACAAAAUUCUGUUUGAUUCAUAUUCAGUCAGUCAGUCCGACUGUGAAUCGCUGACCAUGACGACGACUGCGGCGGCAGUGGCGGGAUCUGACUCCUGGUGGUCCCCGGCCAGUACGGCCCACUCGGCGCUGCUCUACCUCGCUCUCCUCUUCCUCCUCUGCCACACCCACUGCAUGCAACGUCGCCACCGAGUUAGGAGGAGAAAUUCCAGCUUCAAUUACGCCGUCUUCACCCUCCUUCAUAACCACAAUGCCUUUUGGCUCGUGACAAUCACAAUUCUGCUCCUCCAUGUCGCCACGAUGGUGGCGAUUUGGUUGGGAGGCUCGUCGCCAAAGUUGCUCCUUGCGCCUGGACUUGGACUUCUCGCAGUGAGCACGGGUGGUCUUGUCCAUCGCGUCGUGGAAUCUACCGGUGGUCACCCUGCCUGGCUGACCCCCCUCCUCGCCUACUAUGCCGUCCUGGGUGUCAUCAUGUUACUGGAGUGGGGUCGAGAUGAGAUUGCGAGGGGUGUGCUUGCCCAGUUGGGGGUGAGUUUGGGUGUGGCCGGACUUUUGCAGGGGGCAAUUCUCUUGAUUUCUAUCCUGAGAGGAAGACGACGAACAGGGAGGGAAGGCGGUGGUGGUUGUGGAGUCGAGGAUGAAGGGGGCGGACGUGAUUGGGACACUCAUUAUGACGAUGAUGAUCCGACCACCAAGGAAAUUUAUGCCCAUGACCGUGCCCCCCUCUUGUCCCGACUGACAUUCUUCUGGUUCACCAAACUCCUCCGAGUCGGCUACUCUACGCCGUUGGAGGAAUCUCACCUUGGCCGACUCCCCCAUCGCCACGGGACGGCCAACCAGCUCGCCCGAUUCAGGAAAGCAAGGGAGGCUGGGAGGAAACUAUUUUGGCCACUCUUGUGGACCGUGGUUGGUCCUAAUAUGGCCUUGGGUGGGGUGUUCCGGCUUCUGGCGGAUUUGGCAGGAUUUAUCGCACCGUUGGGGAUCAAGACCAUCGUCAACUGGUCUGGGCGGAAUAGGACGAUCUUCAAUGUUUCACUGGUGAGCAUUGACGAGGAAGAAAUGUCACCACUCACUGCGUCUCAAUUUAUUGGGAAUGGCUACGUCAUGGUGGGCAUCGUUCUCAUGUCGUCCAUCCUACAAGCAACUUUCUCUCAAAUUUCGACAUAUCUCGUGAACACGGAGGGACUUCAUGUCAAGGUGGCACUGCAGGGUCUCAUUUACGAGAAAUGUCUCCGUGUCGCGGGUCGUGGCGAAGAGACGGCGAAUCUGGUCGGUGAAGAUGCCAACAAUGUGAUGAUGCUCUUUUGGAUGGCUCACUUCGUUUGGGCGAUUCCUCUCAAAUUAGGCGUCCUAAUGGCACUCUUGUGGGUGACUUUGGGCUGGUCAGCCCUCGUCGCUGCGGCUCUUUGCAUCGUGAUCAUGAUUCCGCUCCAGUUUCUGAUCGCGAGGGCGAUGGCUGCCAAUUCAAAGUUAUUGCUGGAACGGAGUGAUGUGAGGUUGGGCUGGAUGGGAGAAAUGGUAGCGAACAUGCGGCUUCUCAAGACCCACGCGUGGGAACAUCUGUUUGGAACGAGGCUGAAGGAAAUCCGUGGACGGGAGUUGAAACAUUUGGACAACGACUUGUUGUACAGGUCAAUUAUGACGUUUCUCACCCACAUUUCCACCGUCGUAGUGACAGUUGUGACUUUUGGGCUAUACCCCAUCAUGGAGGAGGAGCGCUUAGCACCAGCCGCAGUAUUUGCCGGUCUCGCUUUCUUCAACCAACUCACAGUCCCACUCUUUAUUUUCCCCCUCCUCGUCCCUGUUCUCAUCGAUGCACGCGUUAGUGGUCGUCGCAUCGCCGAAUUUCUCUCCCUCCCAGAAAUGCACAGUGAUGACAUUUCUUCUGGUGUGGUGGAAACGGAGACUUCCAAAAAAUGUCCUUCCAACCAGCUUCUUGCUGCUCCGGCAGUUGCAACGACAGCUUCGCAGCUGCAGGGAUCAACCGACUCGGUCUUUGUUCUCGAAAACAUUGCAGAGGACGAGGAAGAAGACGACCAGCAUCACCAGCAGGAAAAUAAAGAACAUGCUAACGGUGUAUCCUCAGGGGUGGGAAAUGGUGGUGCGGAUGCAGAGUGGGUCGUCAGAUUAGAAGAGGCUUCCUUCUCGUGGGGUGGAGAAGAGGCGACCAACAGUCCCCCCGCGCUAGGAAAAGUGUCCUUUGUCGUGAGGAAGGAGCGUUUAACAGUGAUCGUGGGUCCGACCGGAUCUGGCAAAUCGUCUAUUUUGUCGGCUUUAUUGGGCGAGCUAACGUUGACAGAGGGGUCGCUCCAGUGGACAAAAGGUCACCGUUGCGGUAUCGCGUACGCGGCACAAUCACCGUGGAUCUUAAACGGAAGUGUGCGAGAGAACAUUCUGUUUGGUCACGGUUUUAAAGGUCGUCGUUACAAGCGGGUCUUGGAAGCGGUAAGUUUGCAACAAGAUCUGGAUCUGCUGCCUGAAGGGGAUGCCACUGAAAUUGGUGAUCAUGCCGGAAUUGGGCUGAGCGGGGGACAGAGGCAGAGAAUCGCAAUUGCGAGAGCGUUAUACUCCACAGCUCCGCUUGUCAUUUUGGAUGAUCCCUUGUCCGCGUUGGACGUGGAAGUUGCCACACACGUACUUAAUGUUGGGAUAAGAAAGCUAUUAGCGAAAAGAACUGUUGUUUUAGUGAGCCAUCAUCUUCCCGUUCUCCACCACGCACAUCAUAUCGUCGUAAUGGAAUCUGGUCGAAUUAGAAUUCAGGGCUCGCUCGCAGAAAUCCGAGACCGUGACCCCCCGCUGGCCUCUCACUGGGCGGAACUCAUCUCUAAAAAGGAGGCGGAACUGGCCCGUCACAUGGAGGCAAAAACGGCGAAGGAUCGGUGGACCUUACUCAAAUUGGUGAGUAAGUUUGGCUUUGGAGCGAGAAGGCCGAUCCAACAGGAUGCUGACACGAGAGGAAGUCAACACCACUUCCGGUCGAGGAAAGGAACUUUCUCCACAUAUAAAAACCUGUCACAUGACUUUUUCCUCCCAAGUGACGAGUAUCAUGACGAGCUAUUGACGCCUAUCUUGAGACGGAGACAUCUCUCGAGGGCGUCGAGAGAAUCGAGGGGUUCAGCAUCCUCUGCUCCGAGACACGGACAUGUCCCUCUUAUGCGAAUGUCCUCCCUCCAACCCAUCCUUGCCACUUCCGGUGCUGCUGGUGGCGGAGGAGACAGGGACAAAGAGUACAACCGUUUACGAUCCAUGCCUGCCAACAAUGAUGGGGAACCACUCCCUCCACCAAUCUCACCGCGGAAAUUCCGCUCCGACUACAAUCGCCUCCACGCGUCCUCCUCCACUCAUUAUGAACCCUUCUUUAAGCGACUCUUCACAAACAGGAAGAGAACAACCUCAUCGUCUGGAUCGACAGAACUGGAGACACAAAAACCACCCUCCUCGCCACCACCUCCACCACCUUCCCCUCGACCCGUGAUGGGUUCCAUUCAGAGCGAGGGCGAACUCACAGAGGACGAUCCACAAGAACGAGACGAACUAAUUGGUGGUUCCGUUGAGGAGCGAGAAUAUGGAAGCGUUCCACUCAGAAUUUAUCUCAUUUACGCCAAAGCAUGCGGCCACGCCUUAAGCGGUUCUUAUCUUCUAUUCGCCAUCGGAUAUGAGGUAGUUCGGGUCCUCACCUCGUUUUGGCUGAGUCGAUGGAGUGAUUCGGUCGCCCAGGAAGAAGAGGAGAGCAGCUAUGAGGACCAAAUGUCUCAUUUCUUCAUCGGCUACGUACUCCUCUCGGUCGCCACGGUAGGUGUGUCCCUCACUUGCAACCUUCUCGGUGCAGCCGCGGGGGCGAGAUCACGACGGAUUUUACACGACAACUUUGUCUUCCGUUUGGUCGACGCCCCUCUAAAUUUUUUCGAAUCUACUCCAAUCGGUCGCAUUCUUGGCCGAGCGUCCGCCGAUGUGGCAGUUGUGGACAGGAAGCUGGUGAUCUCAGUGCAACGCUGCCUUCAAUUUGUGUUCCUCUGUUUGUCCGCCGUAAUCGUGAAUGGGAUCGUGAACCCGUGGUUCCUCCUCCUCGCUUUACCUCUUGUGGCCGUGUACUAUGCGAUACAGCGUUUUUACAGGGUUUCGUCCAGGGAGUUGCAGCGACUCCAGGCCAUCUCGCGUGGCCCGAUUCUCUCCCACUUUCAUGAAACUUUGAGUGGUAUUUCUACCAUCCGGGCGUAUGGGCGUCAAUCUGUCUUCACGGAUCACAUGUGGGCCUGCAUCGACCUCAAUAACAGAGCUGACAUGUUUAUCAAUGUGGGAAAUCGGUGGUUAUCCAUCUCACUCGAUUAUCUGGGUAGCAUCAUUGUCGCUGUGGCGUCUGUGGGGGCCGUCAUAUCUGCUGAUCUUGGUCUCGUGACACCGUCUGUGGUAGGACUCGCGAUAAAUUACACCCUCCUCGUCCCCGUCUACCUCAAUUGGGUCGUCAAGUUUUUAGCAGAGGUGGAAAUGUUCAUGAAUUCCGUGGACCGAUUGGACCGCUACUCGGAGUUGGAGACGGAACAGUUGACGGGACCUGAAAAUCCACCAACGAGUUGGCCUUCCAAGGGGGACAUUGAUUUCGAAAAGUUGACAAUUUCCUUUCAAGACAACACUGUCCUGUCCUCGCUCUCUCUCGGAAUUAAGGGCGGGGAGAAAGUGGGGCUUUGUGGGCGAAGUGGGAGUGGAAAAUCGACCCUUCUCUCGUCCUUGUUCCGCUUAUCAGGAAAAAUGGAAGGAGCGAUUCGAAUCGACGGAGUGGAUAUUUCCAGAAUUCCGCUCAGGAGACUACGCUCUGCCUUGUGCAUUAUUCCACAACAUUCCGUCCUAUUUACGGCACCACUCAGAUUCAAUCUUGACCCUGCCAAUGCGGUAAGUGAAGAAGACUUAUGGAAGGCACUAGAAUUGGCACAGAUGAAGGAAACCAUUCAAGGUCUUCCCCAUAAGUUAGACCAAGUAAUGAACCCGGACAGCUUUAGUGCCGGGCAACGCCAACUUAUCGCCUUGGCCGUUGCAGUUUUACACCCGUCACGUGUCGUCAUAUUGGAUGAAGCGACGAGCAGUGUCGAUGCCGAUACGGAACAAGUUUUGCUCCGUGCAGUGGCCACAGCUUUUCCAGACUCGACCGUUUUAUCGAUUGCCCACCGUCUCGGAACAAUAGUUGACGGGGACAGGGUUGUGGUGCUUGAAGAAGGAAAAGUGGUCGAAGAUGGGUCACCGUCACAACUUUUAGCUCGCAAGACACGCUCCAUUUUUGCAAACAUGCUGCGAGCCGAGGUCUCGUCGGCAGCAACGGGAGGAGGACCAUGAUUAAAACGUGUCAACUACACGUUUCCACUUAUGAUACGAUUUUUUAUGAGUAUGAACAUUAAAUCGAGUUGUUUUUAAAAUAAAAUGGGAUGCCGUUAAAUA